AUGUUAAGGCUUCUUGUGCUUGCUGCUUUGGUCCUGUGCGGACACUGCUCUGUGCAGUACAUUGAAGAUGUAGAUGACAAUACUAGAGUGGUUGCAGGCACAAACUCUGCACCCAAUGCUUGGCCAUGGCAGAUCUCCCUCCAGUAUCAGUCUGGCUCCAGCUGGUACCACACCUGUGGCGGCUCCCUGAUUCUUGCUAACCGUGUGCUGACCGCUGCUCACUGCGUUGACAGGGUUGUCAACUUCCGUGUGGCACUUGGAGACCAUAACCUCAAUAUAAAUGAUGGUACUGAGCAGAUCAUUGCUGUGUCCAGUAUCAGGAAGCAUGCUAACUGGAACCCCAAUAGUGUGGCUCUUGGUUCUGAUAUUGCCAUCCUCUUCCUGGCUUCAAGCGCCUCCAUCAACAGCUAUGUAAAACUGGCUUCACUCCCAUCUGAUGGCUCCAUCCUGGCCCAUAACUAUGACUGUACAAUUACCGGAUGGGGAAGAACCAGCACUGGUGGCUCUCUGCCAUCCAUCCUCCAGCAGGCCCCUCUGCCCGUUGUUGCCCACGCCACCUGCUCCACCAGCUCUUACUGGGGCAGCACUGUGAAGACCACCAUGGUGUGUGCCGGUGGUAACGGAGUCCAGGCCGGAUGCAAUGGAGAUUCUGGAGGACCUCUGAACUGUGCAGUCAAUGGGGUCUACGAAGUUCAUGGUAUUGCUAGCUUUGUGUCUUCCCUUGGAUGCAAUGCUUAUCUCAAGCCUACUGUGUUCACCAGAGUGUCUGCUUACAUCUCCUGGAUCAACAGCAACAUCUAAAUGCUUCAACCUUGG